GAGGACGCAUUUGAUGAUCUGGAUCCACCAAUGCAACAGGUGCCUCCACCCUACGACCCAGAGCGUUUAAUGCAGGAGGCUUUUAAUACCUCUACACCCGCUGCGACACCGAUGCCACCACCGACUAAAGUUACCGUGACCCAGCAGCCCCGAUCUGUCAAUAUGCCGACCUAUUGA